AUAUGAAGAGAGAGAGAGAGAAGCAUGGAGUUUGGCGUGCCAACCCUAAAGCACAUUUCGCCGGCCACGACCCCUUCGAUGAAUCUCCUUGUCUAUAAACCAAUUGCGAAAGGUGAAGUAAAGCAUCCUGGAAGUCGUGGGCAGGGUGAAUGGAGAACGACCAGCGGACCACAAGGCCCCGGUGAAUUCUGUUCUCGCUGCAUCCAUCAUUGUUUUCCCCAUUCCUUAUAGGUUUUGGUUUUCAUCCUCUUUCUUGUUUCUUAGGACGGAUGCAUAGUUGCGAUGCCCUUUUCAUUCGAUGGAUAUUUCCAACAAAGGGGCGAUGGAGAUGGGCAGCCCAUCGAGUGAGCCGACCAAGAGAAGGAAACCUUAUACGAUCACGAAGCAGCGAGAGAAGUGGACGGAUGAAGAGCACAAGAAGUUCUUGGAAGCCAUCUGUCUGUAUGGAAGGGGAUGGAUUAAGAUACAAGAGCAUGUUGGUACCAAGUCGGCUACCCAGAUAAGAAGUCAUGCACAGAAGUUCUUCUUAAAGAAAGGGGUUGGUGGCAUGAAUCUUGGACAUCCGAAUGGCUUAGAGAUCCCUCCCCCAAGGGCCCGAAGAAAACCAUUCCAUCCAUCUAAUGAGGUAAAGAAGCCAGUGGCUGGAGCAACUGAAGAAAGCUCGAAUCAGGCACUUAGAAGAUGGAACUCGUAUCCUUCUCUUUAUCAUGGUAACAACAGUGCUCACCCUUUGCCAGAGCAUAUACCAAUGCUGGAGGAAUCCGUAAAGAAGACUGGGAAGUAUUUGCAUUUGUUUGAAAUGCAUGGGAACUUCACAAAUCCUCAGAUGAAAUUCACUUCAGAAGAAAGAAAUCAAACACUAGAGAAGCUUGACAAACCAUACGCAUCACCAAAGCACACUGUACAAGGUGAGGGAAGCUACCAAAACAUGGUUUUGCCUCAACUUACAGGUUCAAAAUAUCGUUGUGGAGGUACAUCUUCAUCAUUCAUUGAACAGCCAGAUGCAAAUGCGGAUCUUAGCCUGUCCCUUAGUCAUACUAGUUCUGUUACGUACAUGACAAAAGAUCCAGUAAUUUCCUCCAUCCAGCAGGCAGUUCCAUCAAAUUCACUGUGUGAUGAUUGUCUGGAGGAUGAGAAUGCUUCUAUUGCUUUGAGUGGCUUCACCGCCAACUCAUUUCCCAAGCUCCAUGCAGAUCCAAGCACUGCUGCUUCAUUACUUGAACAUACUUUUUUGGAUAUCUCUGCACAUUCAGAUACAAACAUCAAUGUUGGGAAAGCUCGAGAUGAACGUGGCAAUAUAUCUCCAAGUAUAAAAGCUAUUAUUGCAGCCACAGUCGAAGCAGCUGCUGCUUGGUGGAGACUUAAUGGGCUAUUGCCAUCUCCUUCUCAGUCAAGCACUACUUCUGCAACACAAACAAUGGUGCAGAAUCUUACAAAGGAACCCAAAGAUCUCAAGUGUGAUAGUGGCCCCAAAAAAAACUCAAAAUGUUCGGCUUGUUCUGCACUAUUAGAACCAUCAUCAUCAUCAUCUCCAGAAACAGUUGAAAAAAUAAGAGUUGAUAGACCUGAAAAACAUCCCAACCAACAUAUGCUCUCAUCUGUAGUAAAAGGAAAUGAGGAAAUUAGUGGGUUUCCAGUAAAAAAGAAGCAGGAUACUUGUUCCAACACAUCUCCAUUUACUGAAGCAGUAAGUUUUGGACAGCUUAAGGAUGCUGAAAUAUACAGCAAGCCAUACAAUGGUACACCUGCCUUUGAAGCUCUAUUCUCUCAAAAUGUGCUGAUGCCCCAAAGUUUUGGGCUACUUCUUAUGGAUGACCAUAAACUGGACUUAAACCUGGGGGGAAAAGAAGCUCUUGAACUGCAGAUUGACAUCAACAGAAAAACAUUCACUGACAAUGUUUUUGUACCAGCAGAAUUUGGCUUGGAAGAGUAACAUCAACAAGCUCACCAUCCAGUAAAGAGAUAUUUGCGGUAAAAUAAUUCCAUUUGAAAAAGAAUCUGAAAUGUUGGAACAGAAUACUCAUUCUCAUGUCUUGUAAAUUUAGUUUGAAAACUGAAUAAUCAUGGAAUUUGACGGGGAUAAUAAAACUAUAUAUAUAUAUAUAUAUAUAUAUAGUCCUUCACUUUCCCUGCGAUUUGAAAACUUAUUUCGUUUCGGAAUUCAAACAGAAAUGAAUUAGGUGCGGGUUUCAAUAAUUUCCAAAUUUGCAAUAUCAUUGCAAGCAGAUUGAAGAUGCUAAAAACCGAAGAAUUUGCUGAAGAAAAAAAAAAAAAGAAAAAAAUGAAUAUUAGUCGCA